AAUGCGCGCCGUGCACCAACACGAUCGGGAUUGAGCUGGAGUUCCUCCGAGACGCGUCUCAGUGGCUCCUGGCGUCGUAGAGCAGCGGUCUGCAGGUAGAGAGAGAGAGGCUCCGGACAGCUGCCACGAAAAGAAGAACGCUCUGAUCUUUGGACCCGAAUCGGAUGCAGGUGAGCCGGUCAGCGAGGAAUGGGCGAUAGACAUGGCUCUCAGUAAUCAGCGAUCUCCUGCCUCCACCUCUGGUGAUGAAGUCAACCUGGGGCCUUCAGCGAACCCACAUGCGAGACCGACCGACUUCGACUUCCUUGCAGUCAUCGGCAAAGGGACUUUUGGAAAGGUGCUGCUCGCCAAGCUGAAGGCGGACAACAAGUUCUACGCCAUCAAGGUGCUGCAGAAGAAGGUGAUCCUGAAGAAGAAGGAGCAAAAGAACAUCAUGGCGGAGAGGAACGUCCUGCUGAAGAGCCUGACACACCCCUUCCUGGUGGGACUCCACUACUCCUUCCAGACCCCGGAGAAGCUCUACUUCGUCCUGGACUACGUCAAUGGAGGAGAGUUGUUCUUCCACCUCCAGAGGGAGAGGUGUUUCUCUGAGCCCAGGGCCCGGUUCUACGCCGCCGAGGUGGCCAGCGCCAUCGGCUACCUGCACUCCCUCAACAUUGUUUACAGAGAUCUGAAGCCUGAAAACAUUCUUUUAGAUGCCCAGGGUCAUGUGGUGCUGACAGACUUCGGGCUUUGUAAAGAGGGCAUCGAGGCAGAGAGCACCACGUCCACCUUCUGCGGGACGCCUGAGUACCUGGCCCCGGAGGUGCUGCGCAAACAGCCGUACGACCGCACGGUGGACUGGUGGUGCCUCGGCGCCGUGCUCUACGAGAUGAUCUACAGCCUGCCUCCGUUCUACAGCCGCGACAUAUCGGAGAUGUACGACGGGAUCCUGCACAAGCCCCUCCCCCUUCGCCCGGGGAAGUCGGAAGCGGUGUGCUCACUGCUCGUCGGCCUGCUGCAGAAGGAUCAGAACCGCCGCCUGGGCGCCAUCGCUGACUUUUUGGAGAUAAAGAAUCACGUCUUCUUCUCGCCGAUCAACUGGGAUGACCUUUACCACAAAAGGAUCACCCCCCCGUACAACCCCAACGUGAAGGGCCCGGCGGACACCCAGCACAUCGACCCCGAGUUCACCCGCGAGAUGGUCCCUAGCUCUGUGAGCCGGACCCCCGAGUUCAACGCCAGCACCAGCUCCAACAACGCCUUCAACGGCUUCUCCUUCGUCUCCAACGAGGACAGCUUCCUGUGAGGUAGCGGUCACUUCCUGUAGCCGGCACUUCCUGUAGCGCUGAAGACGUCACAUGACCGCGCAUUUAGUCAGGGCGUCGAUGAAUGUGUGAAUGUUAUAAUUGUAAUGAGGGUGUAGCCGUUCAAACUGAAUUUGUGAUUGUGUGGAGGUGGGACGAACCAUUAAAGAGUAAAACACGCAGAGAUGGUCAGGAUUAAAGGAUGCUCUGUUGGGGUUAAGUCUGGCAUGGAUCUGGGUAAAAGCAAAGCAUCCUGGGAAUCUCCUCGCAUCUUAACUAGAUUUGUUAUUAGUGUAUAUUAAAAAUAUGAUAAUGCUUUUGUACAAACAAGUCUACCACAAAAAGAAGGUAAUUGGGUCACAGUUUGUAAUAAGGUUCAGUGGUAAGCCAUUUAUAAAACAAAUCAUCAACAAAGAUGAGGGUGAGAAGAUGAGUGCUACGUUAAAGGGCCCCUAUUUUCCCCAAGGUUUGAUGUUGAUGGUCAUUACAAGUCAUAGUAGUCUUAAAAUCCACCCUCUAGUGACAUCAUAAGUGGGCGUGUCCACCCAGAUGUCUGAUGGCAUAUAUUACAAUAUAUCAGCCACUAACAGUCUGUCUACUUGAUAGGCUGGUUGAUGACAGCACUUCUUAAUCAUCUACAAAUGUAUAUUCAUGUUUUGUUUAUGAUAUCUUCAUUAACUAAAGGCCUAUAAAUGGCAUACCACUGAAAGUUGUUAUAAAGUGUUACCAGUGAAAAUACUACUAGUUAUUCUACUCGCUCGACAAUUUAAUUUGAAAAUCAUGGAUUGGAUUCCUUGCUAGUUGUGAUCUCUAAUAUAGUUAACAAUGACUUUGGCAUACUUUUUCACUACACAAUCUGUGCAGAAAACGGUGCUUUUGUAAAUAUUGUAAGUGUAAUGUGUGUGAUGUGACAAGAACUAAGCGCCUUUCCACCUUGGAAUUGUUCCUGAAAAUGUUAGCCUUGUGUAACAUGGUAAUACGGUGGAUUGAAUGCGUUUGGCUUAGUCGACAAUGGACCUUAAAACUGAAAUCACUUGCAGAUUGAACCUGAGCCAACAUGUUUCGUUAUUUUAUAUGAACUAAUGCCAAUGUCAUCACCAAAGGCCUAUGUUGCAGUGUCAUCUGAGAUACUUUUGCAUUCUGGUGACAACCAGGAAACCCGUGGACACCAGUCACUUCAGCAUGACUGGAAUGACUGGAAACCAUUGUGCACCUCUCAGGUGCUACUUCGGUUUUCGGGCCAUUAUAAGAGAAAUGGUUCCAACCAUGGUUCUACCUUGUGAAUGAAAGUGUUUCUCACUCACAACAAACCCGACGGCAUUCCAGUGAUAGAAAUACCACAAACAGUAGGAUUAUAUACGAGCAGAGGAAACACGAUGUGAUCGGCGGGCGGGCGGUGUUUGUGGCCUCAACAACUUAAGACGGUUGCGAUGCGACGUUAAUGCGCGGACGGCCUGGUCGUGUUGCUCUGGGUGUUCGUGCCGAGGCCGUGUUGGCUGUAAACAGAGGAGGACAGAGCUAGGUCACCGCCAGCAGCACCGGGGUCCCGGAGGACUGGGCGCUGCGGAGGCAGACGUCUGUGUGCGCUGUUUCCGUGUGCGUCUGUGUUUGUGUGUGUGUACAUAGAGAGAGAACCGGUCAAUAAACUUGUUUUCAAAACAUG